UUAGUAUAUUUCAAGAUCGUGUGAAGUACGGAUUGAAUAUUCAUUCACAUUUUAAUGCAAAACGGAUGUACAUAUUAUUAAACUGGAAAUAACAUCGCUAAAAUUUUUAGUAUUCGUUAUUUUAUACGGUUCUAAAAUAUUGUUAUGAAUCUUAAAAUUAAUAAUAAAGUUAUUUUUUUUUGAUACACAAAUUUAAACAUAAAAUAUGACUCAACUAAUUAAAAUCUAUUUGAGUUUAUUUUUGAUAUAUUCGGCAAAUUGUUCAGUCAGAGAUAAACGACAAGCGCAAUAUUGUGUAACACCCGAUAAUUAUCAAGGUUACUGUACACCCUUAACAGAUUGUCAACAAGUAGCACUUUUAUAUGCUCAAAAUGGGGGGUCUAAUUCGAUUCGGCAAUACUUAUUUGGAUUAAGGAACGCCUGUAAUAAUAUAGUAUUACGAGGGGAUCCUGUGGUCUGUUGCUCAAAAGCGGGUAGUCCUUCAACAAAUAAUAGACCAAAUCAAAAUGUGGUAACAACGACCAGACCUGAAUUCAAUAAAAUACGAGACAGCCAAAAUUCACGUUUGCGAUCAUGUUAUACACCUGAAAAUUAUCAAGGUUAUUGUACAACACUAUCUCAAUGUCAAUAUCUCAGAUCAUUAUAUCUUCAAUAUGGUGGGUCAAAUCAAUUUCGACAGUAUUUCGCCGGCUCAAGAAAUGCAUGUAACAAUGUUGCUGUAGGAGGUGAUCCUGUUGUUUGCUGUAAUCAGAGCAGCGGAUCUCAAACUGAAACAACACAGAGACCAACACCUUCGAUAGUCACACCUACUUCGUCUGCGACAACAGUGUCUUCUAAUUCAUGCCGAGGCCCUGAUGGCGUAACAGGAACUUGUGAAAAUUUACGAAAUUGUCCACCUUUAUUAAGCCGUUUAGAACAAAAUCCAAAUGACAUAGAAUAUGCACAAUUUUUGCGUGAUUCAAAUACAGUUUGUGGUCUUCCAGCUCCAGUAAUUUGUUGUCCAAAAACUGGUACUACACCUGUAACAAAUGCUCCUCAAAUUAGCGGCAAUAAUAUUAUUGUUGAUAGAUUGCCAACAACUGAUGAGGGCUGUGGAAUUGUAGGAGGUCAAUUCUUUAAAAAAGUAGUAGGCGGGCAACCAGCGAAGCCAGGAGACUGGCCGUGGAUCGCUUUACUGGGUUAUAGAGAACCUGAUGGACAAAAUGCUUUUAAAUGCGGAGGAGCUUUGAUAACAAGUAGACAUAUAUUGACAGCAGCUCAUUGUAUUAGGAGUAACCUAAAUAUUGUUCGACUUGGGGAAAAUGACUUAAGUAAGGAAACAGAAACUGAAUAUGUAGACAUUCCUGUGCAGAAGACUUAUGUACAUCCAAAAUAUGAUAGAAGAGAUGGCCACAGUGAUAUAGCGGUUUUACGAUUAAAUCAAAACGCACCAUAUACGAAUUUUAUACGAUAUGCUUGCCUUCCAUAUGAAACAUCUUUAAGGACCAAAAGCUAUGUAGAUUUAAACCCAUUCGUUGCUGGUUGGGGAAAAACGCAAGAAGAUGGAAAAUCAGCCCAAGUUUUACAAGAAAUUCAAAUACCAGUUCAUCGCAAUGCUGAAUGUAUUUCUCGAUAUAGCGCUGAAAAUCGGUACAUAUCCGAUAAGCAAUUCGAUGAUUCUGUAUUAUGUGCUGGUGUUUUAGCAGGCGGCAAAGAUACGUGCCAAGGAGAUUCUGGUGGUCCAUUAGUGCAACCAGAGCCUUCAACUAAAGACAAGGGAAAAUUGUUCUACUAUGUAAUAGGUGUUGUGUCAUAUGGAAUAGGUUGUGCAAGACCUAAUAUUCCGGGGGUUUAUACAAACGUACCAAAAUUUAUUGAUUGGAUUCAACAACAAAUAAAAGAUACAACAUAACAAUCGACUUUAUAAUUUUCAAAACAAUUAUGUCACAGUCGCAUAGUGUAAGAGAUUUGUUUAUUAAGAAAAAAGAAAAUUAGUAUGUAUAAAAGUGUGCAUUUUUUAAAAGAGGGCAUUUGUUUAAUAUAUAUGUACUUUUAUAUUAACAAGUUUAUUAAAUUAAUUAUGUUCUUGUACAAAAAUAUAUAAAAACUUUCAUUUUGUUUUUAA